AUGAGUGCUAAUGAUUGUCAAGACCCUCCAAAGUACUGGACAAUCCAUGGACUGUGGCCUGACAAUACUGAAGAGUGUAAUAGGACGUGGCAUUUCAAUGUCACUGAGAUUAAGGAUCUCAUGUCAGAUAUGAGACGCUUUUGGCCUGAUGUGCUUCAUUCGUCUCUGAAUCGCACCCAGUUCUGGAAACAUGAAUGGGAGAAACAUGGCACUUGUGCAGCCACGCUUCCGAUUCUCAAUUCUCAGAAGAAGUACUUCGGUAAAGCUUUAGAACUCUACCAGCACAUUGAUCUUAACAGUUGUCUCCUGAAAGCUGGGAUAAAGCCAAGCAGUUUCUAUUACCAGAUGACUGCCAUAAAGGAAGCUCUUACAAGAUUUUAUGGUGUAACACCGAAGAUCCAAUGUCUCCCUCCCGAAGAGGGUGAAAAAGCACAAACAAUUGGUCAGAUUGAAUUCUGCUUCACCAAAGAACUGCAGCUGAGAAACUGCACGGCGCUGAAGGGUGAAUCCAUCCCAAUGCAGGCUGGCUUGAAGCUUGGAACCGAGGAGUUGUCUGUCUGCAGCGAUACUCUCCCAACCUAUUAUCCUUCACAGGUCCAAGGUCACAAAUGA